AUGAGAGCUUUGUAUAAAACUAAACAAUGUACUUACUGUAAGACAGAACAAUCAAAGAUAAUAAUUACGAGAGAUUCAGAGAAAAAUUUUCAAGAUUUUGAAGAAAAUGAGCUUUCUUAUCAUGUUGAAGAAUUUGAAAUUCAUUGUGAUGAUUUACAAAUAUAUGAAGAAGUUGUUGUUUUAUUAAGAUAUAAUUGUCCUGAUAAUGAUUGUGAGGAAUAUUUUGAAUCUGGAUGGCAUGAGAUAAAAUCACAUGUUAGAAGAGUUCAUAAGGCUCUUUUAUGUGAUAUUUGUAUUGAGCAUAAAAAAUACUUUACUCAUGAACAUGUACUGUACAAUCAAAAAGAAUUGAAUAUACAUUGUAAAGAGGGUGACCCUGAUAAAACAGGUUUUCAGGGACAUCCUGAAUGUGAAUUUUGUAAGAUUGGUUUUUAUGGGAAAGAUGAAUUGUAUGAACAUUGUAGAGAUAAACACGAGCAAUGUCAUAUUUGUAGAGCAAAAGGCAUUCAACAUCAAUAUUAUCUUAAUUAUAAUACAUUGGAAGUACAUUUUAGAUCAGUACAUCAUUUGUGCUCUGACCCUAAAUGUUUAGAAAAGAAAUUUGUUGUAUUUCCGACUGAUAUUGAUUUAAAAAUUCAUGAGGCAUCUAAACAUGAAGUAAGACGUAUUGAAACUAAUUUUUUAGUAGGUGAUCCUAAUUUAAGAAGAACAAGAGGACGUCAUAUAAGUCGUGAAAGACAAUCAGGUUAUGAUUACGUUCUAUCAACUGAUGUAUCAACCAAUCCACUCGAAGAUUUUUCAUCAUACGGAACAAAUAUUUCAGGAGCAAGAACACCAAGUCCUAGUACCAACAAUAAUAAUAAUCAGAGUUAUGACAAUUUUUUUCCAUCUUUGAAUGCUGCAAAGAAUCUUCAGAGUAAUGGUAGUACUACUUCUCGUAUAAAUUAUAGUGAACGGGUUAAGUCAAGUGGUUUUCAGAACGACUCCACGAUAAAGAAAAAGGUUAACCCCUCGAAAUCACACUCUACCACAAAAGUUGGUAAUACAAGCUUAUCAUCGUCGCAUAUAGCAUCUACAUCUACCUCUUCAUCUCAAUCAGCCAAAGGAGAAAUGUCUGCUUUUCCACCAUUGACCGCAUAUUCACCUUUAAAGGUUAAUAACAGUUCACAGUUAAAUUAUGGUGAAAAAGCAAAAUCUAAUUAUGUAGAUUCUGAAUCUAGCAGUAAACAUGUUUCUUUUAAUCAACGCGUCCACAAACAUUUAUCACACGAUCAAAAAAAAAUACAAGAAUAUAAUUCAUUAUCUGAAGCAUAUAGUAAUUCACAUAUGACAGCAUCAGAAUUCGUAAUAUCAUUGUAUCAAUUGUUUGAUAGUAAGUUGGAUAUUGUUGGCAAAGUUGUACCUGGGUUUGUUGCAUCAUUAGAAUCAGAAGAGAAGAAAACAGAAUUAUUAACCGUUUGGAAUGAUUAUAAAGCUACAAAUACAGAAUCUAUUCAAUAUCCAUCAUUGCCCAAAAAUAAUCAGCCACAAGUAUCAAAAUCACGUAUACUUGUGAUAAAAUCAUCAAGUAAAUCAAAUAGUCUAGCAAGUAGAAAUAGUAUUGACAAGAUUGUCAAAUCAUCAUCUAAUAAAAAUAAUUCAUAUAAAUCAUCAACUACUUCACCAGCGGUGUCAACUGCGUCAUCAUCAAAUGUUGAGAUUCAAAACAAAUCAGAAGUAGAUUUUCCUGGCCUACCACCUCCAUCAAAGCAAAAAUCUAUAAAAACAAUUCAAAGUACUAAAAAAAUAAUGACUGAAAAUAAUGCAUGGGGUAGUAGUAAUGCAGUCAAAUCUACUGAAAGUAAUAAAAGUGAUGAUACUGAAAAUGAUUCAAAAAAGAAACAAAAAAAGAAGGUUGUAAAAUUGGUUUAA